UGUGGCCACAAUGCAAAAGUACUUCCCCUUGCGUCUCUUUUUUUAUUAGCCGAAACUAAUUUUUGCUUCUUUAAGGAAAUAAAUACAUAUGCAAACCACAGCCUGUUGCCGUGGUUACUGCUGUAUGCUACUGCGAAUAGCUUAUUUCACAUCUUUAGCCCUAUAGGGUUUGGAAAGCGUGAUUCUUCUGGCCUUUCACCGUUUCCCCCCUCGCUAGGCCACCAUCCCGCUGUUGCAAAAAAAGCAUGUUGUAAUAAGCCCUGCGCGCUGCCGGAGGAGGCGGUGGCUGCGCUGCCAGAGCGCUGCAGCACGCUCCGACGCACCCCGCGCCAGAGACCCCCCAGGUUGGUACUAAGAAGUGCCUUUCCUGACGUCUCUGCUGCUUGGGACCGCUUCUAGAGCAGCCGCUGCUUUUUGCCUUGCUUGCUGCCAGCUAGACUGCGACGACAGCGCAUCCGCCCGCCACCUCUAGCCAGACACCCCCGCUGCCACCCAAAACCGAGAGAAAGGCGCUGUCGGGCCUUGCCGUAGGCUGCUUUACUGUAAAAAUAAAAGUUUGCUGAGAAGGUCAGAUAUCUUCUGCCCGAAAAUCGAGGAGAGGAGGAGGAGGAGGAGGAGGAGGAAAAAAAAAAAAAAAAAUCCAGUCUCGAUCGUUGCUCUAAACUGCUGCAUCUGUCUAUGCCAAACUAAUCGAUACCGAUUGCACCACCAAACCCCGCUGCAAAUUCAGCUGCGUGGAGAGAUUACCUUUCAGACAACUUUACUGAAAGCGGCUUGGAAAUCCCGUGUCAGAGGGUCUGCCACGUUUUCAUGCUUGCAUUGUGGGCUCCGGUUGGCACCCAGGAUGGGUUACUGAGCGCACGAGGCUAGUCCCAAGCCACACUUUUUAACGUUCACCUUGCUGGUUAAUCCUAGCGUUUCUCUGAGUACGAAACCUCUGUCGAUUAACAGUGUCGCACUGUGAACUCCCGGUGGCACAUCUUUUCCUUGAGAUUGCGGCCACCUGCUUUUACACGUACUUUUAAAAUAGGGAGCGGGGGAAAAAAAAGUAUUCUGGAGGUGACGCUUUCAUCAUUUCCAGUUUAUCAGUUCAGCUACUCGUUUGUCCAUUUUAUUGGAAAUUUUAACUACCUGUAAAAUCUAAAGAUGGCUGUUAGUGUCACACCGAUUCGGGACACAAAAUGGCUAACGCUGGAAGUGUGUAGGGAGUUCCAAAGGGGGACUUGCUCACGACCAGACACGGAAUGUAAAUUUGCACACCCAUCGAAAAGCUGCCAAGUUGAAAACGGACGCGUAAUCGCCUGCUUUGAUUCAUUGAAAGGGAAGGAUAGCGGGAAUGAAGGGAAAAUACGCCUGGCAGGGCUCAAAUCCUCCGGUAUGGCUACGGUGAUUGGUUCUUUGCCUCCAAAUUAUUCUCUGCCUGUAGCUGGCAUAAAGGGCACUUCACGUAGAAACAGCAAAGUCACUGGUCGAUGUUCAAGGGAAAACUGCAAAUACCUUCACCCACCACCACACUUAAAAACGCAGCUGGAGAUAAAUGGACGCAAUAACCUGAUUCAGCAGAAGAACAUGGCCAUGCUGGCCCAGCAGAUGCAGCUUGCCAAUGCCAUGAUGCCUGGUGCCCCGUUGCAGCCUGUGCCGAUGUUUUCCGUCGCACCAAGCUUAGCCACCAACGCAUCAGCCGCCUUCAAUCCCUACCUGGGGCCCGUCUCCCCAGGCCUGGUCCCAGCAGAGAUCCUGCCCACCGCCCCGAUGCUGGUGACAGGGAACCCCGGUGUCCCGGUUCCUGCCGCUGCCGCCGCUGCUGCCCAAAAGCUAAUGAGGACAGACAGGCUGGAGGUAUGUCGAGAGUACCAGCGUGGCAACUGCAACAGGGGAGAGAACGACUGCCGGUUCGCUCACCCCGCCGACAGCGCUAUGAUCGACACCAACGACAACACAGUCACCGUCUGCAUGGAUUACAUCAAAGGGAGAUGCUCACGGGAAAAGUGCAAAUAUUUUCACCCUCCCGCACACCUGCAAGCCAAGAUCAAGGCUGCCCAGUACCAGGUUAACCAAGCUGCAGCUGCCCAGGCAGCAGCGACUGCAGCUGCCAUGACUCAGUCGGCUGUCAAAUCACUGAAGCGACCCCUCGAGGCAACCUUUGACCUGGGAAUUCCUCAAGCUGUACUUCCCCCAUUACCAAAGAGGCCUGCGCUUGAAAAAACCAAUGGUGCCACCGCAGUCUUUAACACUGGUAUUUUCCAAUACCAGCAAGCUCUUGCCAACAUGCAGUUACAGCAGCAUACAGCCUUUCUCCCACCAGGCUCAAUAUUGUGCAUGACACCCGCUACAAGUGUUGUUCCCAUGGUGCACGGUGCUACGCCAGCCACUGUGUCUGCAGCAACAACAUCUGCCACAAGUGUUCCCUUCGCUGCAACAGCCACAGCCAACCAGAUACCCAUAAUAUCUGCCGAACAUCUGACUAGCCACAAGUAUGUUACACAGAUGUAGACAUUUUGUCAUCAAACAAUCAUAACUAAAGAGAAAAGGACAGUGUGUUUGGGUUGAGAAGAGGACGAGCUCAUUAGCCAUAAUGUAUAUACCGUCAAGCAACACUCGGAAACUCCCUCAGCAGUAAGACAUCCACACAUUGCAUGUUAACGAGAUGAAACAAGAACUUGGAAAUCCACUGCACACUGUUGCCUAUAUACUUUGUACAUUUAAUUGAUAUUUGUGCUGAGGUGAUCUUAUUGUCUAAAAACUACAACAUUGUCUAUCUUUUCUAGCACAGAAGUAUGCAUAUGCAUUUGAAUAUGCAUAUGUAGUCUAUUUCCUACAUAAUCAUGUAUGUCACCUUGAAAAGACAGACGAUGAUGUAACCAUAAAUCUAUUAUGUAUUGGUACGUCUGUAGACCAAGAUAUAAUUUUUUAAAGUAAGUUUAUUUCUUUCAAGGUUUACAAAUAACAAAGGUGCACCUUGUAUUUAAAAUUGCCAUUAUAGAUGAGAGCGUGCAUGCACAGUAAUUUUUGUUUAAGAGUAAUAUUUUUAAUGUAAUAGAUUGUAAGAAGUGGUAAGAGAGGUAUCUGACAGAGAUGAAUGUGCCAAGCAAAACCACAACUGUGUAUAUUUUAAAGCACAUCAAUGGCUUUAAGUACCAUGUUGUUAAGGAUUCUCAUGAAGUGCCAUAGACUGUACAUCCAAUUAGAGUAUUAUUUCUGCAGUGUUAUUUUCAGAACCACGUUUUCACUUACUUUACUAGUACUAAUCAGUCAAAGGGCACCAUUCUGUUUCAAACCAAAGCUGUCUCAGAAAUGGCCAACUAUUCCUUACAGUAACAGUAGACAGCACAAGAAAGAUACUCUAGCCGUACAAAUUAACCCAUACUGGACAUAUAUAUAAACUAUUUUAAGGCAUUGUAGUGUAAUAUUUAUGCAUAUUUUACUGUAUAACAUGAUAUACAAAAGGGAAAAGCCAUUUCUGAGACACAGUAACAAACGUUUGAGGAACUUCUUUUGCUUCUAUUUAUAGCCUCUGUUGAAAGUCAAAAGGACUAUAAAUGUUUUGCAGAGUUGGGUUUCACUUUUACUUCAUCAAAGUCACGCUUUACAUGGUGACUCUAAACAAAGACAGAAGAAGCACUGACAUCAGAUGCAUGACAAACCAAAAUAUGAAAAAAUGGAGAUGUUAAUUAGCGUAGGAAUUGGGUGGGUUAAAUACUUGGGUGAGUUUUAUAUGUGAUUUUUUUGUUCAGAUUAACUGCUUAUAGCCUUAGAAAGCCUUUACAAAAUAAAAACAAAAAAAAUAGAUGUGCAUUCAAGUUUUAAGAAUGGAUUCAUCCAAAGGAAUUCCUUUUUGUGGUUUGGAUGUUGCAGCUAGUAAAGGAUAUUUUUGCUCUGUUCAGCAAAGUGCUGAAGUGGGGGCCAGGUCACUGGUAGCGUAGCGUGGAGUGGAAGAAGCGCGAGUUCGGUUGUAGAACUCUCCAUACUUCCAAGUUUACUGCAAGUUUUUAUGCUUGAGAGAGAUGCUUUAUAGUAUAAGAAUGAUGUGUUGAUUUUACUGAUUGUACUGUACAUCUAUUAAAGCCUUAGAUUAUUACAUUACGGGUUAAAACCCAUACCAAUGUAAUUUCAAUCGUGUUAAGAAAGUAUAGGUGACUUCACAUGUUAUUGUAGUUACUUAACAUUAUAGAAUAUUACUUAUUUUUUUUCUUGUUAAAAGUGUAGUUUUUAUUUCUUACAUUUAUUAGAUUGUUUUCAUUUUCUAUUACCAGUUGAAUACCAUUUCAGUUUAUAGAAUUUUGUUUUAUUAGAGUUUACUGAUGACUUUUUCAAAAUACAAAAAAAAAAAGUAGUUUUCUUCAUAACAUACUCAGUUUUGAAUUUACAUGUAGUGUCAUAUGAGUAUUCGUAUUAUUGUUAACUAAAUGAUUUAUAUUUUACUGAUUUAAUAUUACAAUGUAAGAAUGUCAGUCAUUGUUAGUUCUUGUCUAGUUUUCAUUAAAAGAACAAAGAUCUUUUAUAUGGAUAUCUUAUAAUUAUAUAAUCAUUGCUAAGUAAGAAGUUAAGUUGUUGCUAUCGCAACAAUCCUGGCAGACAAUUGAGUAAUAUUUUGAUGAUUUAUUUUGUUUGUAAUUAGUUAUUAUGAGAAAAUCUAGUUCCUAGAUAUUAGAAUAAAAUUUAUUUUCUACUGUAUCCAUUUCAAAUGUUAAAAUAUUGUUUAAAUAUUUUUUGAAAUCCCUGAAUAUCAGGCCUUGUUAUAAAUAAGCUGCAUAAUCAAUAGAUCAAGGGACUUUUUGUUGAUAAUCCAAAUACUCAAAGUUUACGUAACAAGAAUUAUAGCGUGUGUGUGCAAACUCUUGAGGGUUGAUUAUGCUGCAGUUUAGCAUGUGGGAACGUAUAGAGAGAAGGUUGACUUUUUGCACUUCUGUAUAUAGUCAAAAAAGAGAGAAACCUGUAUAAUAGUAAGAUCUUAUUUUGAAUAAAAAUGUCUAUAAUUACAAGGAGUUUUGUUAAGGCUAAUAAAAUGACAGGCUGAACAAAAUUGCUUGCAAAAGUGGCACAGAGUUAGCACUCCAUACCCCUUCAAAAAAGUUGCUUUGCUUUAUGUGGACAGCUUGUAGUUUGCCAGGAUUUUUUCAGCUGGAAAGAUAUGCCAUCCUUCCAAGAUCUCAUGACUGACAAAAGCUCCACUGGUUCAAAUCUGCCUGAAAAUCAUUAAUAAAAAAAAAAAAAAGAAAAAAAAAAAGAAAAAAAAGCAGGUACUUCAAACCAUCAAGGUGAAAUCAUGGAUCAAAUAUUCCGUACAUUAUUCAAAAACUACUGCAUGUUUAAAGUAUCAAAAAAUAUAUUAAAGAUAUAUGCUAUUCAAACCAGUUUCUGACAAUUUCAGUGGUUUAUUGUUCACAAAAAAGAUUCUUCAAAACAAAUACUGACUUUCACAAAAGAGUUAAAUCAUGAACAGGCAAACCAAACAGCACACCGUAGCUGUAGUUGUUAUGUGAUUAUUUUUUAUCGCUGUAGUGGUCCUGUUCUUUUAGCAGGUGAAAAAAAAACCCUGGGAAAUUUUACCGUUUUAAUGGAAACCGUUCAGGAAACCUUGUCAUUAUAUAUGCCAAAGCUGGAAAGAGAAAGUGAUUAGGCCAUUACUGUAUCUGAUCUCUCCAGUACUCACACUGAAUGAUUAAUGAAGUUGCACUUACUUGCAACCCCGCAACUUUCAUCUGCUGAAAGGACAGAUGUGCUUGGUUUUACUAUUAUGUAAUCACAGACUUACUUUUUGCUUGUAGUUGCUCCAAAUUAUGUACUCUGUCCUGGGCUGCAAUUUGUUUUUAUGCUUAUUUUAUUAUUACUGCUAUAGUUGACCUUGCUGUAUGGAAAAAAUAAAGUGAAAUUGCCCUAAUAAAAGUUCUCUUUCUUAA